AUGGGGCAGGAGAGCCUGGCAUCCUCGGCACAUCGAUGGAGCUACCUGCUGACUCUGGCUGCCAGUCUUCUGCUCACCUAUGGGCCAGCAUCAACAUUUCAAGAACCACACAGUUCUACUGGAUCUGUGGCUUCAGUGCUCACAGCAACACCCAAGACAAGCACAAGGACAUUGGACACAAGCACAGCAACAUGGACCACUUCGGCUUUACCCUGGAGAAGCAGCGUGCCUUCACACUUGGCCACUCUAAAAGGCGCAAGAAACUCACAGAAAGCAGUGACCAUCAGGGAAGCUGCCAGCUCUGCUCCCCACACAUCUGAAUCAGUUUUAUCUAAAACCACACUGUCCACCUUGAUCCCUGAAACCACAGAGAAGAGCACUGUUUCUGCUUCAAUGAAUACAUCGAACUCUGCAAGGACUGGCACACACAAUGGGGCUGAACUGUCAGACACAGCCAUGACUGUUACUGCAGUAGAAACUAACAUGCCUGAGAUGAGUUCAACCACAGAGCUUACUGAAGUGUCCUUUACAAAUUCUGUCCUUGUAUCCAGAACAGAACCUACUAGCAGCACUUCCUAUUCAAGCCCUCAUCAGCCAAUCAAGCCAGAAGAAACCUCCAGUGAAAUGUCCACUGGCCCCCCAAACUCUAUCACUAGCACAGAGAUUACCACUAGUCAGACAGGACAUUUUGUGGUGACCCCAAACAUGGUCUCCCAAGGCACACUAGAAACUUCCUCGGUGGCUAGAAUGCUUUCUAAUGUCUCUCAGAGUUAUCCAUUGUUAGUGACAUCCACUAUUCUCAGCACAAGUUAUGUUGCCCCAACCAAGACAAAAUCCUCAUCAUUGGAAGGAAUCAACUCUGAACUUCCCUGGGGAACUACAGUCAGAACAAACUCUUCAUCACCAGUUAAUUCCACAUCACAAAGGCAUAGUAACUCUCUGCCCAUUACCCAUAAUAGUACCAGGCAAGGUUGGAACACAGCUUGGAUACAAUCUAGCACACUUGAAAACAUGGAUUUAACCACAAAGUAUGGUCCUAACCAUACUGAAUUGCCCAUAAACAUUUCUCUUCUUAAAUCCUGGACAACGGACAUGUCUACUAGGAACACAUCCCUUACAAAGCUACAUGAAUCAACAUCAGAAGAAACAUCCAGAGGAAUCACCAUGAGAACCCCUGGUUCAAGCAUCAAUCCAAAAUCACAAGGGUUAACAAACAGUCACAUUGGACAUUCUGUGGUGACAUCAAACAGGGUAACUUCUGAAAACAUACCAACCUCUGCCUCAAUCAAGGACACUAAAUCCAGUGGAGUACAUACAUUUCCACAUUCAGAAGCCAUGGCUCCUGCUUCAGAAAUAUUAACACCCAUUUCUUGGGAAGUAUCAAUGUCUGCAGAUUCCAUAACAAUGCCACAUGAGUCACAUUCACCUUCUUCUAUUUCUUCCAUGAUAGACAGAUACAACAGAUUAUCUACUAAUUCUCUGGAUUCUAUCAUCACAAUUUCUAAGGCCCUAGUCCCAACAGACUUGUCCACAAGCUCAAGACCUGUUGUUGACUCAAUUGUAAGCUUAAAUAGCAGUCCUCAGAAAAAUCUCAUCAUUCCACAAGCAUCUAGUAUCUCACAGAUGACCACGGCUUCCUCCAUCACAAAAGGAAACCAUGUGGAAGAUGGGAGUUCAACACCCCAACUCAAACACACUAUUACAACCACACCAGUCUCCUCUGAAAAUGAAUAUUUCACAAUAAUUUCAACCAACUCAGGAGGUACCACACUUUCAUCUUCACAAUCAAUCUCAUUUGCAACUGCAGAAAUUAGAAAACAGACAGCUUCCACCUUGAACACAUCAUGGAAAAAUAACAGUAAACCUGAAGUAGCACAUGCAACAAAAGGAAUGAAUACUAGCCAGACUGAUGUGUCCAUCAUCCCUUCUCUUGAAGUGUCUCAGAAAGCAGCCAUGUUUGAGCACAGCACAUCCCUCUCAAUACCACAUCAGUCAACAACAGAAGACACUUCCAUUGGAAUCUUCACCAGGCUCCUCAGAUCUACAACCACCCCAGAAUCAGAAGAGACAGCAGCCAGCCACAGGGGACAUUCUGUGGUGACAUCAAACAUGGUGACUUCCCAAGACACAUCAACCACUGCUUCAAACACAGAGACCCAGCACAGUGUGACACAAGCAUCUUUACUUUCAGAAUCUGUGGGUCAUUCUAUCAAUUCACCAUCCCCAUCUUGGACUCAUUCAACUUGGGAAGGGUCCAUGUCUGCAAGUUCAACAAGACCUACACCUGAUACACCCUCACAUUCUCCAGUUCCUGCCGAUGCAGAGAGAUACAGCACCAGCUCUCCCAUUUCUGUCACCUCUAUCUUCACAGUUGCUAAGGACCCAAUCCCUUCCAGACUGUUUACAACCUCAGGAUCAGUGACUCAUUCAACACCAAGCUACAACAGUGCUCAACUGUCCACAAUCUCACAGAAAACCUCUGUUUCCUCACUCACACCAGAGAACAGCAUGGAAGAUGGAACUUACACACCCCAUACCAAAGACACAACCACAUCUAUAUCAGCCUCACCAGAAAAGAAAUCUUUCACAACCUUUAUGCCCAUCAUGGAACAUACUAGACCUUCACCUUCACAGCCAGUCUCAUCUGAAAGCACAGAGACUGAGACAGGCACAGCUUCCUCCCUGAAGACAGCAGGGGCAGAUUUCAGUACACCUGAAGACAUAAAUUCAACCACAGAAUACAGUCCUAGCCAGAGUGGACUGCCCACGAGCCCUUCCCUUUUUGAGUCUAGGACAGGAGCCAUGUCUAAUGACAGUACAUCGCUUUUAACCCCUCAUCAGUCAACAUCAGAAGAUACUUCCACUGUAAUCUCCACCAGUCUCCCUACCUCAGCCAUCAGUACAGAAUCAGAAGAGAUGACAAGCAGACCCAUGGGACACUCUCUAGUUAUGACAGACAUUUUUACUUACCCAGACAUAUCCAGCACUACCUCAGUCAAGGACACCCACUCCAGUGGAAUGCAUACAUACCCACAUUCAGAAUCCACAGCUCCUUUCAACACUCCUGCUUCAGCAUCAUGGACACUUACUUCUGGGGAAGGGUCUAGGUCUACAGAUUCCACAGCAACAGCAGGGUUACUUUCAGUGACCUCUGGUGCUUCCUUGCCAGACAGACACAGGAGUCACUCUCCUGAUUCUGUGACCUCUGUUUUCACAGUUACCAAGGAUCUAUUCUCAACAGAUUCACAUACAAGUUCAGAUCCUGUGACUACUUACAUUCCAAGCUGGAGCACCAUUUCUCAGCAAAACUCAAACACUGCACAUACUUCCCAAACCUCAAAGAUGAAUAAAUUUUCCUCAGUCACACCAGGGUCCAACAUGAAAGCCAGCAGUUCUGUACCCCAAUUACAAUACACCAUCACACCUACAUCAGUGUCAUCUGAAAAUAAAGCUUUCCCGACUACCCUUCCCAUCACCCAAAUAUCUACUCUUUCACAUACACAGCCAACAUCAUUUGAACUUGAAAAGACUGGGACAGAGACAUUUAGCCCCCUGACAACACUGACACAAGCUACAAUACCUGAGAAGCUGCAUUUGAGCACAGAUACCAUUAGUAGCCAUUCUGAAGUGCCUUACAGUUCCCCUCUUCCUGCAUUCAGAACAGUAUCCAUGUCUCCCGAUAACACAAUAUUUCCAAUGCUUCAGCAGUUUACUUCAGAAGAUACCAAGUUUACAGCAGAAGAUAUGUCUAGUGGAGUUGUCACCAAACUUUAUGGCUCCAACAUCACAGAAUCAGAAGAAAUACGUACCAGCCAGAUUGGGGAUUCUGAAGUGACAUCGAACAUGGCCCUCUCCCUGGAAACAUCACCUGUGUCUUCAGUGUCCCACAAUCUCACUAGUUUCACUCCAGUUCCCCUAGUCACAGAAACAUCCACAUUUGUAAGCCAAAGUUAUGGAGUCCCAUCAAUUACAACUUUUCCAACUCUGAAAGGAAGCCAGCCUGCCAAUUCUCCAGGAUAUCUUGAUGGCUCUACCUUAACUUCUCCUGGUACUUCCACAGUAGAACACAGCACCACAUCUCCUAGUUCUGUGGUCUCUGCCUUCACCUCUUCUAGGGAGGUAAUCACAACUGGGUUGGAUAUUCAUGAUUUGUCUACUUCACUUCCAAAUUGGAGCAGUAGUACACAUUCAAGCCAAGAGACUUCACAGGUCACCAAAUUCUCACAGACAAGCUCUGCUUCCUCGCUUAAAGCAGAGACAAUAAUGGAAACCAGCAGUUCCAUACCCCAAUCCAAAUUCUCCAUUUCAGAGUCCACUACAGCUGGCAGAGUCUCCACAAAAAGCCCUCUUUAUUUCUCAGCAUCUGAAGAUAUCACCACUGGAAGCAUUCCCAGCCGCAUUACCUACCCUAGCACAAAAGAACACAUAGAGUUAACCUCUGUCUUUGAGUCAGGUAAUUCUAGGUCUUUAUUAUAUGAUACCCCAUCCAGGGACACUGCAACCCCUGUUUCUAUGGCAGAGUUUUCUUCACCUGAGCCUCAAACAUCUCCACAUUUAGCAUUGAAGUCUCAAUCCAGUAGUUCUGAGGAACAGUCACAUGUAAGUUCUUUACCCAAGGAAAAACACACUUCUUCAGAUUCAACAUCAACUGUGAUUGAGAAAACCACACCUUCACCUGUUAUUUCUACAUCACAAGUACAAAAUGUCUCUUCCCUUGAUUUUGUGACUGUGCUUGUAACUUCUGUUCAAGAGACAACCUCAAUUGGAAAAGACAAAAGUGUAGCUUCUGGGAGUACCUCAAUCCAAGGCCUGGAUACCACAGAGAUUUCAACCCUAGGUCCUUCAAAUAACAUAAGGAACUUGAAGACAAGUCACAGUUUCUCUAAAAACCCAACAACUACAGUAAAAACCAGUAGUCCAGAAGUGCAUUCCCAAGCCACUGUUCUAGUUAAUUCAAUUCCAUCAAGAAUAACAACUGCAAUUAUGAACUCACAAAGCAAUUGGGACACAACACUUUCUACAUCAAUGCCCAUAUCUAAACCUGCUCAUACAAAAACUCAGAAAGAUUUCCCCCUAACUUCAGUAAAACAGAAAAUGACCAUGCCUGAAGAUACUAACUUGAUGACAAAAUCCAGUUCUGAUCAUUUCACAGUACUCACUAGGACUUCCACUGGGUUUUCAAGAACAGAAGCUAACUCAACUGAGAGACAAUCUAUUUCAGGCUCUGGAUCCUUCACAGAGACAACAGACAUCUCAACGGGAAGUACUUCCAGUAUCUCUACACUUUCCUUCCCAGAUAUUGGUAUCAGUCAAGUAAUUAAUGCUGCAGAAUCAUCCAAAAUUACCACUCUUUGGAAUACAUCAGGUACCACUGCUAAUAUUGGGGCCCUCUCUUCAGCAACUCAGACAUUUCUACACCCAGACUCCAUGUCUCAUCUCAGCAGUUCUGAGUCACUGUCAUGGACAGGUACUCCAUCCCAUGAAGCAACUCCCUCUGUGAAUUCUGCAGAAAUACCUGGGACAACAUCAUCUUUUCCUGCUACUUCCACAUCAGAAGGACAAAGUCUCUCCUCUCCUGCUUCUAUGGCCCCCACAUUCUCUUUUGGGCAAACAACUAUAAAGGAGUUGGACACAAACUUAGCUUCUUUUACAACUUUAUUUCCAAGUUGGAGAAACAGUGAGUUAGCCACUUCAGAGGACACCAGAACCUCUCAAACAUCUCACUCUUUCACCAGAACUGAAGUAUCCAGUGUGGGCAUAACCACUCCUGGACCCCAGUUCCAAAACACUGUAUCAUUUGAUGCUGCUUCACCAGAUGGUACUGCUUCUUCAUUGUUGACAUUACCAACAAAGACAUUACCUUCUUCUGCUUUCUAUCUAUCAUCAACUAGUUCAAACCCCACUUCUUUUCCUGAGACUUCAUUCCCCACCUUUGAGUCUUUUAAGACAACAGAUACAUUGAGCAGAAGCUUGGAAACUGGAACAAGUUCACCUCCUAAUUUGAGCAGCACUUCACAUGAAAUAUUGGGCUUAUCUGAUGUGACUACUGAUACAGAAAAUUUUCAUACUUCCUCAGAAUUCAAAGUAACAAACACAAAGACCAUCAGUAUGGGACAUGAGCUAAGUUCCUCUGUACCAAUACCCCCUGAAUCAUUCAGGGACACCUAUACAAUGGGUACUUCUUCCUCCAUAUGGGUGACUUCUAUGUCCACACCAUUGCCUGCCUAUUUAGAGACUACAAGAUCUGAUACUGAGCAAUUUUCCCAUUCAACUUCUGGACUGAGGGACACUAGCAUGUCCCUACAAACAAAGAUACCUUCAGCUCCUGCAUCCACUCUCAUUUUGCCAAUUUCUGAGAGUGCUGUCAUCACUCCUGCUAUGACCAUAUCAACUCCACAUCAGACUCCAUCUUCACAGUUUACUGAAGCUCUGGUAGAAACGGUCACUACCUUAAAUCCUUCUUCAUCUAUUGUAGAGUCUACUGGGGUAACAUCCUCCCCAGAAUCCAAUUUUACUAUGCCUUCAUUGGAAAGUACUCAUGUUCCAAGAACUGAUAUGUUACCUUCAGACGAGACCACUUUUAUUGAAACAACAACCCUUUCUCCAACAGAAGAGAUGGCUUCACUUGCCACAACUAGGAUUCCAAAAGGCAGCUCAGCUGUGACUUCUAGCAGUCCUCUUUCUAUUACAAAAUCAAGUCAUGGAGAUGUUUUGAUUUCCACCAUUGUAGAAAAGCUACCUUCUUCAGCUUCUACACCACUGCCUUUUCCUGCUUCCACUGGCACUGACUUUACAAGCAGCCCAGCCCUCCACAGGAUUACUCCUACAGAAACAGAAAACAACACUCAGUCCCACACAGAGAUACCUGAUGGAGCUGCCCAUGGAGACACUGCUGGCCUAGGAAAUGGCCCUCUGGCUUCUACAUCACCUGCUAGCCCUAAAGAGCUAACCACAAAAGGGACAGUAAAAGUGGAGACCACUGCCGCAUCUCUGAAGGCUACUUCCAUUGCCACUUCAACCACCAAAAUCCCUACUACAACUUCAAGACCCUUGAGUCACCUCAAGACACCAGAAAAAAUAGGCAACAUAAACACAACAGAGAUGAUUAUCAUAGCCUCAGAUACUUCCCAUGAUGUCCUAGGGACAGCGGCAUCAUUUCCUACAGGCUCUGGAGAAAACACUAGCAUGGUCCUCAGGACAAGACCAUCAUCUUACAGUAAAGAACCAGAGAGCACAGCCCUAUUGAUCCCCAGUCUUAGGACAGAGACCAGCCCAGAUGUUCAUACUUUGAACAUCUCCUCUGGUGAGUCUGAUACAGUCUCAUGGGUCACCCAUCCUUUAGAGAUUACUUCACCUGUUGCCAAGAUAACCAUGAAUAUUUCUCAAGGUGAAUCUGAUUCCAUUGUGUCCACAGCCACCACUCCCAGAGGAGAAGUCACUUCAACUUUUCCAACAUUAACUGCUUUAUCUACUAUACCAGAUUUGGCAACCUAUGAACAGGAAGCCAGAUCAUCUGCUCCAACUAUAGAUAUCUCAUCUAGCAUUCCAGAUUCGAUAACCUCAGAAGGCCACACUUCUGGGGAAGGUACAAGAACAUCCAAACCAAUUCUGACGCCUCAACCUUCUGAGCCACAUACCAAAAUUUCUCUGAUCUCUCAUUCUGGGGGAAAAACUAGCUCACCCAUGUUUACUGUUGCUGUCUCUCCAGGUGUCUUUACCUCUGAGACAGGAAUCCAUACCAGAAAUUGGACUAUUUCCCCAGGUCAACCAAAGACCACAACCUCAUGGACCAUGAAUCCUGGAAUAGAAGUGAAUUCAAGGAUGCUAACUACAACAAUCUCACCUAGUGUUCUAGACAUGGUGACCUCAAAAUCUGUGAACCAAAUGCCUAAAUUACAGACCACAAUUUCAUUGUUAACCGAUGCUGGAGAAGAGCUCAGUUCGGCCAUGUCUACUCUGACUGUCUCUCCAGGUAUAACAGGUGACCCAUCACUGCUCAAUAACUUAAGUACAGAAAACCAUGCAACAACUUCAACUCUAACUUCUUCCCCAAGACUACGAGAGACAACAACAUCUUGGAUCAACAACCCUGAAAAAGAAGCAGCCAUUUCAGGGAUUCAAACUACAAACUCAAUAUCUAGUGUUACAGACAUGAUGACCUCAACAAUCCUGAACCACACUCCUGCUGAACCACAGAAGACAGCAUCAUUGGCCACUCAUGCUGGGAGACAACACAGUUCAGCCAUGAAUAGCAUGGCAGUCUCACAGGGUAUAACAGAAGUGAUAUCGUGGGUCAAGAGCUUGGGCACAGAAAGCCACAGAGUGACUUCAAAUACAGCUUUAUCCCCCAUACAACCAGAGGUUAUAACACCAGGAGUAACCCAUCCUGGAAGAGAAGGUACUUCAGGGGUUCUAUCUACAACCAUUGAACCUAGUGUGCCAGAAAUGAUGACCUCACCAACUCUUAUUCCUCCUGAUCCAUAUACUAGAGUUACAUUGGUCACCAACAUUGUGGAACAGUCCAAUUCAGCCAUGUCUACAAGGCCUGAUCUUCCACAUACAACAGACACGAUACCAUUAUUUGUCACUACCUCAGGCACAGAAAGCCAUUCAGUGAUUUCAACUUUAGCUGUUUCCCAAGAUCAACCAGAGACCACAGUCCAAUGGGUUACACACCCGGGAAAGGAAGAUACUUCAGGGGUUCUAAGAGCAAUGACCUUACCUACUGUUCCAGGCAUGAUGAGCUCAACAAUUCUGUCCCAGACUCCUUCUGAAGCACAGACAAGAACAUCAUUGGUCACACAUCCUGGUGGACACCUCAAUUCAUCCAUGUCUACUCAGGCUGUCUCUUCAGGGGUAACAGAAAUGAUGACAUCACAGGUCACUACUUCUGGGACAGAGGCACAUGGAACCAGUCCAUCUCUCAUUGUUUCCCCAGGUCAAACAGAGUCCACAGCCUCAUGGACAACACAUGCAGAAAGAGAAGACACUUCAGGUGUUUUACCUACCUCCAUUUCAACUGGUGUUCCAGAUCUUGUUACUUCCACAAUUCCUAUUCCGUCUGAAUCACAUUCCACAGUUUCAUUUGUCACCCACAUUGGUGAACUGCCCAAUUCGGCCAUGUCUGCUGAGACUGUCCUUUCAGGAGUAACUGGAAUGAUACCAUCACUGGCCACUAGCUCUGGCACAAAAAACUAUUCAACAGCUACAACUCUGGCAGUAUCCACAGAUCAACCAGGGACCACAGCCCCAUGGGUCACCCAGUCUGGAAAAGAAGGCACUUCAGAGGAUCUAUCUACAACUGUCUCACCUAGUGUUCUAGACAUGAUGACCUCAACAACAGUGAUCCACACUCCGUCUGAACCACAAACCAUAACAUUGAUCACCCAUGCUGGAGGACACCCCAGUUCAUCCAUGUCUACUCAGGCUGUCUCUUCAGGUGUAACAGAAAUGCCACCAUCACUAGUCACUAGCUUGGGAACAGGAAGCUAUGUAAUUACCUCAACUCUGGAUGUUUCCAAAGAUCAGCCAGAGACAACAGCCCUGUUGAUCACCCAUCCUGAAAGAGAUGCAACAUCACGGGUUCCACCUACAACAAUUUCAACUAGUGUUCCAGAAAUGAUGCCUACAACUACUCUUAUUCCUUCUGAACCAUAUAACACCAUGUCAUUCAUCACUCACAAUGAGGAACAGCCCAGUUCGAUAUUGUCUACAAGUCCUGGCUCUGUGGGUAUUACAGACGUGAUACCAUCACUGGGCAUUAGCUUAAGCACAGAGAGCCAUUCCAUGACUUCAACUCUGGGUGCAUCUACAGAUCAACUAGGAACCACAGUCCCAUUGGACAUGCAUCCUGGAGAAGAAGGUUCCUCAGGUGAUCUAUCUAUGACAAUUUCAACUAGUAUUCCAGGCAUGAUGACCUCAACAAUUCUGACCCAGACUCCUUCUGAAGCACAGACAAUAACAUCAUUGGUCAAUCAUGCUAGUGGACACCUCAGUUCAUCCAUGUCCACUCAGGCUUUCUCUUCAGGUGUAACAGAAAUGAUGACAUCACCAGCCACUACUCCUUGGAAAGAGACACAUGAAACCAGUCCAGCUCUACUUGUAUCCUCAGGACAAACAGAAACCACAGCCUCAAGGGUGACUUCUGCUAAAUGGGAAGAUACUUCAGGUGUUCUAACUACUACUAUUUCACCUAGUGUUUCAGACCUUGUUAUUUCCACAACUCUUAUUCCUACUGAACCACAUUCUACAGUUUCAUUUCUCACCCAUAUUGGUGAACAGCCCAGUUCAGCCAUGUCUACUCUGGCUGCCUCUCCAGGUAUAACAGAAAUGAUAACAUCACUGGCCACUAGCUCUGGCAAAAAAAGCAAUUCAACAGCUACAACUCUGGCACUGUCCACAGGUCAAACAGGGACCACAGGGUCAUGGGUCACCCAUUCUGAAAAGGCAGAAACUUCAGAUGUUAUAACUAUAACCCUCUCACCUAGUGCUCCAGAGAAUAUAACCUCAACAAUUCUGACCCACACUCCUUCUGAAACACAGACCACAAUAUCAGUGGUUACCCAUGCUGAGGCACAACCCAGUUUAUCCAUGACUACUCAUGCUGUCUCUUCAGGAAUAACAGAAAUGAUGACAUCACAGGCCACUACUUCUGGGACAGAGGCACAUGGAACCAAUCCAUCUCUCGUUGUUUCCCCGGGUCAAACAGAGUCUACAGCCUCAUGGACAACACAUGCAGUAAGAGAAGACAUAUCAGGUGUUCUACCUAACUCCAUUUCAACUGGUGUUCAAGAUCUUGUUACUUCCACAAUUCCUACUCCUUCUGAACCACAUUCUACAGUUUCAUUUGUCACCCAUAUUGGUGAACAGCCCAGUUCAGCCAUGUCUACUCUGGCUGCCUCUCCAGGUAUAACAGAAAUGAUAACAUCACUGGCCACUAGCUCUGACACAAAAAGCAAUUCAACAGCUACAACUCUGGCACUGUCCACAGGUCAAACAGGGACCACAGGGUCAUGGGUCACCCAUUCUGAACAGGCAGAAACUUCAGAUGUUAUAACUACAACCCUCUCUCCUAGUGCUCCAGAGAAUAUAACCUCAACAAUUCUGACCCACACUCCUUCUGAAACACAGACCACAAUAUCAGUGGUUACCCAUGCUGAGGCACAACCCAGUUUAUCCAUGACUACUCAUGCUGUCUCUUCAGGAAUAACAGAAAUGAUGACAUCACAGGCCACUACUUCUGGGACAGAGGCACAUGGAACCAAUCCAUCUCUCGUUGUCCCAGGUCAAACAGAGUCUACAGCCUCAUGGACAACACAUGCAGUAAGAGAAGACACUUCAGGUGUUCUACCUAACUCCAUUUCAACUGGUGUUCAAGAUCUUGUUACUUCCACAAUUCCUACUUUUGAAUCACAUUCCACAGUUUCAUUUGUCACCCACAUUGGUGAACAGCCCAAUUCGGCCACGUAUACUGAGGCUGUCUCUUCAGGUGUAACUGGAAUGAUACCAUCACUGGCCACUAGCUCUGGCACAAAAAACUAUUCAACAGCUACAACUCUGGCAGUGUCCACAAAUCAACCAGGGACCACAGCCCCAUGGGUCACCCAGUCUGGAAAAGAAGGCACUUCAGAGGAUCUAUCUACAACUGUCUCACCUAGUGUUCCAGACAUGAUGACAUCAACAACUGUCGUCCACACUCCUUCUGAAUCACAAACCUUAACAUUGGUCUCCCAUGCUGGAGGAUACCCCAGUUUAUCCAUGUCUACUCAGGCUGUCUCUUCAGGUGUAACAGAAAUGCCAUCAUCACCAGUAACUAGCUUGGUCACAGGAAGCUAUGUAAUUACUUCAACUCUGGAUGUUUCCAAAGGUCAGCAUGAGACUACAGCCCCAUUGGUCACCCAUCCUGAAAGAGAAGACAUCAGUUGUCUAUCUUCAACCAUCUCACCUAGUAUACCAGAAAUGAUGACAUCACCUAGUCUUAUUUCUGCUGAACAACACAGCACAGUGUUAUUGGUCACCCAUGUUGAGGAACAGCCCAGUUCAGCCAUGUCUAUAAGCCCUGUCUCUCCAGGUGUAACAGAAAGGAUACCAUUACUUGUUACUACCUCUAACACAGAAGGUCAUUCACUGCCUUCAACUCCAUCUCUUUCCCCAGAUCAACCUGCAGCCACAGGUUCAUGGGUCACCCAACCUUGGAAUGAAGGCACUUCAGAGAUUCUAAGCACAACUAUCUCAAAUACUGUUCCAGAUAUAACCACCUCAACAAUUCUGACCCAGACUCCUUCUGAAGCACAGACAAUAACAUCAUUGGUCACUCAUCCUGGUAGACACCACAGUUCAUCCAUGUCUACUCAGGCUGUCUCUUCAGGGGUAACAGAAAUGAUGACAUCACAAGCCACUACUUCUGGGACAGAGGCACAUGGAACCAGUCCAUCUCUCAUUGUUUCCCCGGGUCAAACAGAGUCCACAGCCUCAUGGACAACACAUGCAGAAAGAGAAGACACGUCACGUGUUAUCCCUAACUCCAUUUCAACUGGUGUUCCAGAUCUUGUUACUUCCACAACUCCUACUCCUUCUGAAUCACAUUCCACAGUUUCAUUUGUCACCCACAUUGAUGAACAGCCCAAUUCAGCCAUGUCUACUGAGGCUGUCUCUUCAGGUGUACCAGAUAUGAUACCAUCAUUGGCCACUAGCUCUGGCACAAAAAACUAUUCAACAGCUACAACUCUGGCAGUGUCCACAGAUCAACCAGGGACCACAGCCCCAUGGGUCACCCAUUCUGUAAAGGCAGACACUUCAGAUGUUAUAACUACAACCCUCUUAUCUAGUGCUCCAGAGAAUAUAACCUCAACAAGUCUGACCCACAAUCCUCCUGAAACACAGACAACAAUAUCAGUGGUUACCCAUGCUGAGGCACAACCCAGUUUAUUCAUGUCUACUGAGGCUUUCUCUUCAGAUAUAACAGAAAUGAUACCAUCAGUGGUCCCUAGCUCUGACACAGAAAACUAUUUAACAACUACAUCUCUUAAAGUUUCCACAGAUCAACCAGGCACUACAGCCCCAUGGGUCACCCAUCCUGGAAAGGAAGAUACUUUAGAGAUUCUAUCUACAACUCUCUCACCUAGUGUUCCAGACAUGAUGACCUCAACAACUAUGAUCCAUGCUCCUUCUGAACCACAGACCAUAACUUCAUUAGUCACACAUCAUGGUGGGCACUUCAGUUCAUCCAUGUCUACUCAGGCUGUCUCCUCAGGUGUAACAGAAAUGCCACCAUCACUAGUCACUAGCUUGGGCACAGAAAAGUAUGUAAUGACUACAACUCUUGCUGUUUCCAAAGAUCAGCCUGAGAUAACAGCUCCAUUGGUCACCCAUCCUGAAAGAGACACAACAUCAGGGGUUCCACCUACAACAAUUUCAACUAGUGUUCCAGAAAUGAUGUCCACAACUACUCUUAUUCAUUCUGAACCAUAUAACACCAUGUCAUUCAUCACUCACAAUGAAGAACAGCCCAGUUCGAUAUUGUCUACAAGUCCUGGCUCUGUGGGUAUUACAGACGUGAUACCAUCACUGGGCAUUAGCUUAAGCACAGAGAGCCAUUCCAUGACUUCAACUCUGGGUGCAUCUACAGAUCAACUAGGGACCACAGCCCCAUUGGACAUGCAUCCUGGAGAAGAAGGUUCCUCGGGUGAUCUAUCUAUAACCAUUUCAACUAGUAUUCCAGGCAUGAUGACCUCAACAAUUCUGACCCAGACUCCUUCUGAAGCACAGACAAUAACAUCAUUGGUCAAUUAUGCUAGUGGACACCUCAGUUCAUCCAUGUCCACUCAGGCUUUCUCUUCAGGUGUAACAGAAAUGAUGACAUCACCAGCCACUACUCCUUGGACAGAGACACAUGAAAACAGUCCUGCUCUACUUGUAUCCUCAGGACAAACAGAAACCACAGCCUCAAGGGUGACUUCUGCUAAAUGGGAAGAUACUUCAGAUGUUCUAACUACUACCAUUUCACCUAGUGUUCCAGACCUUGUUAUUUCCACAAUUCCUACUCCUUCUGAACCACAUUCUACAGUUUCAUUUGUCACCCAUAUUGGAAAACAGCCCAGUUCAGCCAUGUCUACUCUGGCUGCCUCUCCAGGUAUAACAGAAAUGAUAACAUCACUGGCCACUAGCUCUGGCACAAAAACCAAUUCAAUAGCUACAACCCUGGCAGUGUCCACAGGUCAAACAGGGACCAUAGGUUCAUGGGUCACCCAUCCUGUAAAGGCAGAAACUUCAGGUGUUAUAACUACAACCCUCUCUCCUAGUGCUCCAGAGAAUAUAACCUCAACAAUUCUGACCCACACUCCUUCUGAAACACAGACCACAAUAUCAGUGGUUACCCAUGCUGAGGCACAACCCAGUUUAUCCAUGUCUACUCAGGCUGUCUCUUCAGGGGUAACAGAAAUGAUGACAUCACAGGCCACUACUUCUGGGACAGAGGCACAUGGAACCAAUCCAUCUCUCGUUGUUUCCCCGGGUCAAACAGAGUCUACAGCCUCAUGGACAACACAUGCAGAAAGAGAAGACAUAUCAGGUGUUCUACCUAACUCCAUUUCAACUGGUGUUCAAGAUCUUGUUACUUCCACAAUUCCUACUCCUUUUGAAUCACAUUCCACAGUUUCAUUUGUCACCCACAUUGGUGAACAGCCCAAUUCGGCCACGUAUACUGAGGCUGUCUCUUCAGGUGUAACUGGAAUGAUACCAUCACUGGCCACUAGCUCUGGCACAAAAAACUAUUCAACAGCUACAACUCUGGCAGUGUCUACAAAUCAACCAGGGACCACAACCCCAUGGGUCACCCAGUCUGGAAAAGAAGGCACUUCAGAGGAUCUAUCUACAACUGUCUCACCUAGUGUUCCAGACAUGAUGACAUCAACAACUGUGGUCCACACUCCUUCUGAAUCACAAACCUUAACAUUGGUCUCCCAUGCUGGAGGACACCCCAGUUUAUCCAUGUCUACUCAGGCUGUCUCUUCAGGUGUAACAGAAAUGCCAUCAUCACCAGUAACUAGCUUGGGCACAGGAAGCUAUGUAAUUACUUCAACUCUGGAUGUUUCCAAAGGUCAGCAUGAGACUACAGCCCCAUUGGUCACCCAUCCUGAAAGAGAAGCCACAUCAGUUGUCCUAUCUUCAACCAUCUCACCUAGUAUACCAGAAAUGAUGACAUCACCUAGUCUUAUUUCUGCUGAACAACACAGCACAGUGUUAUUGGUCACCCAUGUUGAGGAACAGCCCAGUUCAGCCAUGUCUAUAAGCCCUGUCUCUCCAGGUGUAACAGAAAGGAUACCAUUACUUGUUACUACCUCUAACACAGAAGGUCAUUCACUGCCUUCAACUCCAUCUCUUUCCCCAGAUCAACCUGCAGCCACAGGUUCAUGGGUCACCCAACCUUGGAAUGAAGGCACUUCAGAGAUUCUAAGCACAACUAUCUCAAAUACUGUUCCAGAUAUAACCACCUCAACAAUUCUGACCCAGACUCCUUCUGAAGCACAGACAAUAACAUCAUUGGUCACUCAUCCUGGUAGACACCACAGUUCAUCCGUGUCUACUCAGGCUGUCUCUUCAGGGGUAACAGAAAUGAUGACAUCACAAGCCACUACUUCUGGGACAGAGGCACAUGGAACCAGUCCAUCUCUUGUUGUUUCCCUGGGUCAAACAGAGUCCACAGCCUCAUGGACAACACAUGCAGAAAGAGAAGACACGUCACGUGUUAUCCCUAACUCCAUUUCAACUGGUGUUCCAGAUCUUGUUACUUCCACAACUCCUACUCCUUCUGAAUCACAUUCCACAGUUUCAUUUGUCACCCACAUUGAUAAACACCCCAAUUCAGCCAUGUCUACUGAGGCUGUCUCUUCAGGUGUACCAGAAAUGAUACCAUCAUUGGCCACUAGCUCUAGCACAAAAAACUAUUCAACAGCUACAACUCUGGCAGUGUCCACAGAUCAACCAGUGACCACAGCCCCAUGGGUCACCCAUUCUGUAAAGGCAGACACUUCAGAUGUUAUAACUACAACCCUCUCAUCUAGUGCUCCAGAGAAUAUAACCUCAACAAUUCUGACCCACACUCUUUCUGAAACACAGACCACAAUAUCAGCGGUCACCCAUGCUGAGGCACAACCCAGUUUAUUCAUGUCUACUGAGGCUUUCUCUUCAGGUAUAACAGAAAUGAUACCAUCAGUGGUCCCUAGCUCUGACACAGAAAACUAUUUAACAACUACAACUCUUGAAGUUUCCACAGAUCAACCAGGCACUACAGCCCCAUGGGUCACCCAUCCUGGAAAGGAAGAUACUUUAGAGAUUCUAUCUACAACUCUCUCACCUAGUGUUCCAGACAUGAUGACCUCAACAACUAUGAUCCAUGCUCCUUCUGAACCACAAACCAUAACAUCAUUAGUCACACAUCUUGGUGGGCACUUCAGUUCAUCCAUGUCUACUCAGGCUGUCUCUUCAGGUAUUCCACAAACUCCACCAUCACUAGUCACUAGCUUGGGCACAGAAAGCUAUGCAAUGAGUACAACUCUGGCUGUUUCGCCAGGUCAAACAGAGACCACAAACCAAUGGCUCACUCAUCCUGGAAGAGAAGGCACUUCAGAGGUUCUAUUUACAACUAUCUUACCUACUGUACCAGAAAUGAAGACUUCACCAACUCUUAUUCCUUCUGAACCACAUACCACUAUUUCAUUGGUCACCAACACUGGGGAACAGCCCAGUUCAGCCAUGUCUACAAGGCCUGUCUCUUCAGGUAUAACAGAAAGAAUACCAUCACUAGUCACUAGUUCUGGCACAGAAAUCCAUCCAGUGACUUCAACUCUGGCUGUUUCCCCAGGUCAAACAGAGUCCACAGCCCCAUGGGUUACCCAUCCUGAAAAAGAAAACACUUCAGGAGUUCUAACGUCAACCAUCUCACAAAGUGUUCCCGACAUGAUGGCCUCAACAUCUCUGAACCACAUUACUUCUGAACCACAGACCAUAACAUUGGUCACCCAUGCUCGGGGACAUACCAGUUUAUCCAUGUCUACUCAGGCUGUCUCUCCCCAUGUAACAGAAAUGAUACCACCACUAGUCACUAGCACUGGCAUGCCAGAAAUGACCUCACGAAAUCAUAUUUCUUCUGAAGCACAUGCCACAAUUUCUUUUGUCACCCAUGUUGAGGGACAGCCCAGUUCAGCUCUAUCUACAAGGCCUGUGUCUCCGCAUAUAACAGAAACAAUACCAUCACUAGUCACUAGCUCUCACCUAGAAAGGGAUUCAGUGUCUUCCACUCCAACUGCUUCUUCAGGUCAACCAGAGACCACAGCCUCUUGGGUCACCCAUUCUGUAACUGAAGCUACUUUGAGUAGUCUAAGGACAUCUGCCUCUCCUAGUGUUACAGACAUGAUGUCCUCACCAACUCUUUUUUCUUCUGAACCACAUACCAUGAUAUCCUUGGUCUCCCAUGUUGAUGAACAGCCCAGUUCAGCCAUGUCUACAAGCCCUGUCUCUCCAGGUAUAACAGAAAUGAUGACAUCACCAGUCACUACUUCUGAGACAGAGACACAUACAACUACUCCAACUCUGACUGUUUCCUCAAGUCAAACAGGGACCACAGCCUCCUGGGUCACCCAUCCUGGAAAAGAAGCAACUUCAAUUUCUACUUUGUCUGCUUCACCCAGUGAGCCAAAAAGAACUGAAACAUGGCUCAUUACUUCUGCCAAGCCUAGCACACCACUCUCCACAACACCUCCCACAUUUUCUUAUAGUGGAUCAAACAUCACUUCCUCAGCUUCUGGGGCAGAGACCACUCCAGCUACAACCUUUUCAUCUGGUGCUUCUGAAGGAACAGCCUCUCUCCCAGUCCUCUCUGGGACUGAGACCAGCACCGCCAUUCUAACUGUAACCCCUUCCCCUGCUUUAGCGAACACCACAGGCUUAGGGGCUUCCAUCUCUUCAGCAGAAUCCACUCUGACUGUGUCCCCUAGUGUUCCUGGGUUGCCCAGUGCUCCUACAACCAGUAAACCUGGCAAUGCAACUUCACAGAGCCUAGAAACCUCAGCAUCUGACACUACAGUUAGACUUCCCAAUUUUGCCAGUGAUGUAAUGACCUUGACACCAUCAGAGUCCUCAGCAAGCCCACUCACUGACCUGGAAACUACAAGUGAGACUUCUCAUUUAGCUAUCACGAGUUCAAGACCCACUGGCUCUAAGACCACAACUACUCUACAUGCAAGUUCUUAUGCCCCUCUGACCACAUCUAAAAUGUCCACAUGGUCCUCUGAGACUGUGACUUCAGGACCAGGUACAACCCCAUCUCUGGGACACUUCACCCUCAACUUCACUAUAACCAACCUGCGCCAUAGAGAGGGCAUGGGAUCCCAAGGAUCUGAAAUAUUCAACAGCACAGAGAGAAUCUUGAAUCGAUUGCUCAAGCCCAUGUUCGAGAAUACCAGUAUCGGGCACCUUUACUCUGGUUGUAGACUGAUCUUGCUGAGGCCUGAGAAAGAUGGAACAGCCACUGGAGUGGAUGCUGUCUGCACUCACCAUUCUGAUCCCACGGGCCUUACACUGGACAGAGAGAAGCUGUACUGGGAAUUUAGUCAUAAUACCCAUGGUGUCACCAAGCUGGGAUCCUUUGCUUUAGAAAAGGACAGUCUGUACAUCAAUGAUUUUACACAUCGAACCUCUGCUUCCACUCCCAACACGCCUGUGACCUCUUCUCUGUUUUUCACAGGGACCUUCACCGAACACCCUAACCUGUCUACAGUGGCCACGCCUGUGAUUGACCAGUUCACCCUCAACUUCACCAUCACUAACCUGGAGUUCAAGGAAUACAUGCUGUACCACGGCUCCAGGAAAUUCAACACUCUGGAGCGAGUCCUCCAGCACCUGCUCAAACCCCUGUUCAAGACCAGCAGUCUGGGACCCCUCUAUUCAGGCUGUGCACUGGUGGCACUCCGGUCUAAGAAGGAUGGAACAGCCACCAAAGUGGAUGCCAUCUGCACAUAUCACCCUGACCCCAAAGGCCACAGAUUGAACAGGGAGCAGCUAUACUGGGAGCUGAGUAGGUUGACUCAUAGUGUCACCAGACUGGAUCCCUACACCCUGGACAGGGACAGUCUCUAUGUCAAUGGUUUCACCCAUCAGAGCUCUGCACUUAUCACCAGCACUGAGUAUUCAACAGAUGUUCCAGUGACUCCCCAUCUUACACCAACUCCUGGGACUACCACAGUAAACCUGGGAACCUCUGAGGCUCACUCCUUCCCCAGAACCACAGUGUUAACAGAAGUGGUGUUAUUCACAGUGUUGAUAGAAGUAAUCAUGUUGAUGAUAUUAAUGAUUAUAGUGGUGGUGGUAAAAGUGUUAAUAAUUGUGACAGUGAUGAUUGUUAAUGAUGAUGGUGAUGAUCCUAUUACUGCUGAUGAUGUUGACAAUGAUGAUGGUAAUGAAGAUGAUGGUGUUGGUAGUGAUAAUGUUAAUAAUGGUGGUGGUAGUGAUGCUAACAAUGGUGAUAUUAAAGACAAAGUUAAUGGUGUUGGUAGUAAUGGUGUUGAUGAUAUUGAUGAAGAUACCUUGACCCAUUCCCUGGUGCCUUUUACCCUCAACUUCACCAUCACAAAUCUACACUACACACCAGUUAUGAAACACUCCGGAUCCUUAAAGUUCAACAAAACGGAGAUAGUCCUGCAGCACCUGCUUGCUGCUGUGUUCAAGAAUACCACCAUUGGUCCAUUGUACUCUGGGUGCCAGCUGACCUUGCUCACGCCUGAGAAGGAUGGAUCAGCCACUGGAGUGAACAUGAUCUGUACCCAUCAAUCUGAGCCCACAGGCAUGGGGCUAGACCCAAAGCAGCUCUACUGGGAGCUGAGUCGUGAGACCCAUGGAAUCACCCAGCUAGACUUUAUGACCCUGGACAAGAGCAGCCUUUAUGUCAAUGGUUAUAACCAUUGGUUCCUGACCUCAACCACUAGCAAGGAAGCAGCAGCUCAGUGUGUCUUUCUCCUACUCCCCACUGUAGUGCCGGUCUCUCCUCUGGUGCCUUUCACCAUCAACUUCACCAUCACUAACCUCAAGUAUGAGGACAGCAUGCGUCACCCUGGGUCCUGGAAGUUCAAUGCCACUGAGAGAAUCCUACAGAGACUGCUCUGGCCUUUGUUCAAUAAGACGAGUAUUAGUCUCCUGUAUUCUGGCUGCAGACUGAUCUCACUCAGGCCUGAGAAAGACAAAGCAGCCACAGGAGUAGAUGCUAUCUGUACUCACCAUCCAAACCCCACUGGAUCUGAGCUGGACAAUGAGCAGGUGUACUGGGAACUGAGUGAGCUGACCAAUGAUAUCAGUGAGCUGGGCUCUUACAUCUUAGACCACAACAGCCUUUACAUCAACGGUUAUACACAUCAGAUCCUGUCCACCACAUCCAUGACAGCAGGCCCUGUCCUGGUACAUUUUACUAUCAACUUCACCAUAAUUAACUUGGCAUUUGAGGAGGACAUGAGUCGCCCUGGAUCCAGAAAGUUCAAUAUCACUGAGAGAAUCCUGCAGAGUCUGCUGAGGCCCUUGUUCGAAAAGUCCAGUGUGGGUUCCCUGUAUUCUAGCUGCGUACUGACCUCACUCAGAUCUGAAAAUGAUGGUACAGGCACAGGAGUGGAUGCUGUCUGCACUUACCAUUCUGACCCCACUGGCCCGGGACUGAACAGAAAGACGAUGUAUUGGGAGUUCAGCAGGCUGACCUAUGGUGUCAGCAGACUGGGUCCUUACACUCUGGACAAGAACAGUCUCUAUGUCGAUGGUUACACACAUCAAAUCCUGUCUACCACCACCAGAACUUCUAUGAUGACCACUGCUUCUAUGGAGAUGACUGCCAACUCUCCCAGCCCUACAGUAAGUCUCCUUCCAGUGCCUUUUACCAUCAACUUUACUGUCAUUAAUCUGGAGUAUGUGGAGGACAUGGGUCACCCAGGAUCCAGGAAAUUCAAUGCCACUGAGAGAAUCCUGCAGAGACUGCUCAGGGCAUUGAUCGGUAAAACCAGUGUUGGCCCACUGUACACUGGAUGCAGACUGACAUUGCUCAGGCCUGAGAACAAGGGAACAGCCACGGGAGUAGAUGCCAUCUGCACCUACCACCCCAACACCUCUAAUCAACAGCUGAAUAGAGAACAUCUGUACUGGGAGCUGAAAAGAUUGAAUGAUGGCAUCAUGCAGUUAGGACCUUACACCCUGGACCAGGACAGUCUCUAUGUCAAUGGUUAUACACAGCACAUUCUGGCCACCACCCACAGAACAUCAGUAAUGGCCACUGUUUCUGAAGAAAUGCCAAACAUUUCCUCCACUCCCACAGCAGCAGGCCCUGUCCAGUUGCUUUUCAGCAUCAACUUCACCAUCAUUAACCUGGAGUUUGAGGAGGACAUGAGUCACCCUGGAUCCAGGAAGUUCAAUAUCACUGAGAGAACCCUGCAGAGCCUGCUCAGGCCCUUGUUCAAAAAAAUCAGUGUUGGUCCAUUGUAUUCUGGCUGCAGACUGACCUUGCUCAGGUCUGAGAACAAUGGAGCAGCAACAGGGGUGGAUGCCGCCUGUACCUACCACCUAGACUCUGCUGGCCACAGGCUGGAAAAUGAGCAGAUAUACGGGGAGCUGAGCAGUCUGACCAAGGGGGUCACUGAACUAGGCCCAUACAUCCUGGACCGGCACAGUCUCUAUGUCAAUGGUUACACCCACCAGAUCCUGACUACCACCCCCAGAACUUCAAGCUCUGCUCUGCUGCUGUAUACUCUUAACUUCACCAUCACCAACCUACCCUACACGAAAGACAUGUGGGGCCCAGGAUAUGCCAAGUUCAACAAAAUGGAGAAAAUCUUGCAGCUUCUGCUCAGACCUUUGUUCCAAAACACCAGUAUUGGCCUACUGUAUUCUGGUUGCAGACUGACCUCACUCAGGCCAAAGAAGAAUGGAGAGGCUACCAAAGUAGACAUGGUUUGCACUUACCACCAAUAUUCCACAGGCACUGAUCUGGACAGGGAGCAACUAUACUCAGAACUAAAAGAGCUCACCCACAGCAUCACUCAACUGGGUCACUAUACCCUGGACCAGAAUAGUCUCUAUGUCAAUGGUUACACACACCAGAUCGCAGUAACCAGCACCAGCACUAUACAAUCACCUUUGUUAUUAUUUACCCUCAACUUCACCAUCACCAACCUAUUUUAUGAGGAGGACAUGCAGCCCCCAGACUCCAAGAAGUUUAACACCACAGAGAGGAUCCUGCAGAGCCUACUUGAGUCCUUGUUCAGAAACACCAGCAUAGGCCCUUUGUAUGCUGACUGCAGACUGACUUUGCUCAGUCCCAGGAAGGAUGGAGAAGCCACUGGAGUGGACACAGUUUGCACCUAUCACCCUGACCACAUAGGUCAGGGCCUGGCCAGAGAGCAAUUGUACUUGGAGCUGAGCAAGCUGACCUAUGGUGUCACUCAGCUGGGCCCCUACAAUCUGGAUCAGGACAGUCUCUAUGUUAAUGCUUAUACCCACCAGAGCUUAGUUACUACCCCAGCAGUGAGUUAUACCCAUCCAGCCUCAGAUACCAUCCUUAACAACAAUGGUACUGUCAUGGUACCCAUAACUCUCAACUUCACCAUCACCAACUUGCACUAUACAGAGGAGAUGGGAAAUCCAGGUUCCUUGAAGUUCAACUCCACUAAGCGGGUCUUACAUUAUUGGCUUGAGACCUUGCUCAAUAAGACCAGCAUUGCCCCACACUAUUCUGGAUGCAGAUUGUCUUCACUCAGGUCUGACAACUAUGGAGCAGCCACAGGAGUGGACAUAAUCUGUACCUUCCACUCUGACACCAUGAGACCUGGGUUAGACCGAGAUCAGCUAUUUUGGGAGUUGAGUCAUGAGACCCAUGGCAUCACCCGUCUGGGCCCCUACACCCUGGACCAGAACAGUCUCUACAUCAGUGGUUACCAUUUUGGAGCUGCAGCCCCAGCAACCACCACUGGGGAAGUCAGUGAGGAGAUGUUCACAGUGAACUUCACCAUCAACAACCUGCGCUACUCAGCUGACAUGGGCCAGGUUGGCUCCCCCAAGUUCAACAUCACGGAUACACUCAUGCAGCACCUGCUCCGCCCUUUGUUUCAGAGGAGCAGCCUUGGCCCCCUAUACACAGGCUGUAGAGUAGCCACUCUGAGGUCAGUGAAGAAUGGUGCCCAGACCCAGGUAGAUGUCCUUUGCACCUACCACCGGGUUCCCACUGGUCUGGGACUGCCUGCCAAAUCAGUUUUCUAUGACCUAAGCUGGCAGACCCGUGGAAUCACCCGGCUGGGUCCUUACUCCCUGGAUAAAGACACCCUUUACAUCAAUGGUUACAAUGAACCUGGUCCAGAUGUACCUCCGACAACUCCAGAACCAGCCACCACCAUCUUGCCCUCCCCAUCGACAUCUCUACAGCCAGAGUCCAAUACAGCUAUGUGGCACCACCUGGAAACCUUCACAAUCAACUUCACCAUCUCCAACCUUCCAUAUUCAACAGACAUGAUCAGUGGCUCAGCCAUGUUCAACUCCACUGAGAAUGUCCUACAGCACCUGCUUGGGCCCUUGUUCCAGAAUAGCUCCUUUAACUCAAGUUGCAGACUGACCUCCCUCAGUCCUGAGAAGAAUGGGACAUUCACAAGUGUGGUUACCAUCUGCACCUACCAGCAUGACUCUGCACAUCCUGGAAUGGAUACACAGGAUCUGUACUCAGAACUGAGCCACCUGAGCCAUGGAGUCACCCAACUGGGAAACUACACACUGGAGAAGCAUAGCCUCUAUGUGAAUGGUUAUAAUGAACUUGGUCCAGACAUACUUACUACAACUCCUGAGCCAAGCACCACCAUCCCGUCUUUUACACUGACAUCUGUGCAGCCAGAAUCCACCACAGCUGUGGAGCAUCAUCUGAAGACUUUCACAAUCAAUUUUACCAUCUCUAAUCUUCCAUAUUCAGAAGAUAUGAGCUAUAGUUCAGUCAUGUUCAAUUCCACUGAGAGUGUUCUACAGCACUUGCUUAGACCCUUGUUCCAGAAUAUAUUCUUCAACUCAAGCUGCAGACUGACCUCCCUCAGACCUGAGAAGAAUCAAAACUCCACUAGUGUAAAUGUCAUUUGCUCCUACCAACAUGAUUCUGCACAUCCUGGGCUGCACACACAGGAGAUAUAUUCAGAGCUGAGUCAUCUGACCCAUGGAGUCACUCAGCUGGGCAAUUAUACAUUGGAUGAAAACAGUCUCUAUGUGAAUGGUUACAGUGGAACUGGUACAGAAGAAUCAACCAUGAAUCUUGAAUUGACCACUACCAUACUACCUUCUCCAUCAAUAUCUGUGCAAACAGAAUCUACCACAGCUGUGGGGCAUCAUAUGAAGACUGUCACAGUGAGUUUCAUCAUUUCCAACCUUCCAUAUUCAGCAAGUAUGAACAAUGGCUCAGCUCUGUUCAAUUCCACUGAGACUCUCCUGAAGAACCUGUUGGAAGCCUUGCUCCAUAAUGUUUUUUUCAACUCAAGUUGCACACUAGAUUCCCUCAGGGCUGAGAAGAAUGGAACAGCCACUGGUGUGGAUGCUAUCUGCACCUACCACCAUGACCCUUCACUUCCUGGGAUGGAUACCCAGGGAUUGUACUCAAAACUGAGCAACAUGACACAUGGAAUAACCCAUCUGAGCAACUAUACACUGGACAAAGAGAGUCUAUAUGUCAAUGGUUAUAAUAAACCUGCUCCAGAAGAACAUCCUACAACUCCUGAGACAUCCACCACUCUCCUACCAUCCACAUCUACAUCUCUGCAGCCAGAACCUUACACAGCUAUGGGGCAUCAUCUGGAGAUCCUAACAAUCAACUUCACCAUAACCAAUCUUCCAUAUUCAUCAAAUAUGAGCAAUGGCUCAGCUGUGUUAAGCUCAACUGAGAGUGUCCUGCAGUACCUGCUUGGACACUUGUUCCAAAAUGGAUCCUUCAACUCAACCUGCAGAUUGGAUUCCCUCAGGCCUAAGAAGAAUGGAACAGCCACUGGUGUGGAUGCCAUCUGCACCUACCACCAUGACCCUUCACAUCCUGGGAUGGACAUCCAAGGACUGUACUCAGAACUGAAAAAUCUAACCCAGGGAAUCACCCAGCUGGGCAACUACUCACUGGACAAGGACAGUUUAUAUGUCAAUGGUUACAAUGAACAUGGUACAGAAGGACUUCCUACAACUCCUGGGUCACCCACCACCAUCCUGGCUUCUCCGUCAAAAUCUGUGCAGCCAGAACCCACAACAGCCAUGGGGCAUUUGAAGACUUUCACACUCAAUUUCACUAUCUCCAACCUCCCAUACUCAGCAGGCAUGAGCUCAGCCAUGUUUAAUUCCACUGAGAGGAUCCUGCAGCACCUGCUUGGAACCUUGGUCCAGAAUGAAUCCCUCUAUUCAGAUUGCAGACUGGUUUCCCUCAGGCCUAAGAAGAAUGGAACAGCCACUGGUGUGAAUGCUAUCUGCUCCUAUCACCAUAACCCAGCAUAUCCUGAACUUGACACUCAGGGGCUUUAUACAAAGCUGAGUCAGCUGACUCAUGGCAUCACCCAGCUGGGUAGCUACAUGCUGGACCAGAAUAGUCUCUAUGUCAAUGGUUACACUCACCAGAUUACAAGAACUACCCCUAGUGGCUAUGUGCUCCAGAAUGUAACCAUAAAGGGCAAGUACCAGAUAAACUUUCGAAUCAUCAACUGGGACCUUAGCAACACAGACCCAACAUCUUCAGAGUAUGUCACUCUAGAGAGGGACAUUGAAGAUAAGGUCACCACACUCUACACAGGCAGCCAGCUACAAGAAGUAUUCCAGUCUUGCCUGGUCACCAACUUGACGUCGGGCUCCAUAAUGGUCACUAUCGAGGCAUUGUUCUCCUCUUAUCUUGACCCCAACCUUGUGAAGCAAGUCUUUUUAAAUAAGACAUUGAAUGCCUCCUCCCACUGGCUGGGUGCCACCUACCAACUGACAGAUCUGCAUGUGAUAGACAUGAAGCCACCCAUUCUUCUGCCAACAGAAGUCCCAACAACCAGUUCCAGCUCUCAGCAUUUCAACCUGAACUUCACCAUCACCAACCUACCCUAUUCCCAAGACAUAGCCCAGCCAGGGACCAGCAAACACGAGCAAAACAAAAGAAGUAUUGAAUAUGCGCUCAACCAGCUUUUCAGAAACAGCAGCAUCAAGAGUUACUUUUCCGACUGUCAAGUUUUAGCCUUCAGGUCUGUCUCCAACAGCAACCACACAGGAGUUGAUUCCCUGUGUAACUUCUCACCAUUGGCUCGGCGGGUGGACCGAGUUGCUAUUUAUGAGGAAUUCCUUCGAAUGACACAAAAUGGCACCCAGUUGCUGAACUUCACCCUGGACAGGAAGAGUGUCCUUGUCGAUGGAUAUUCUUCAAACAGGGAGGAUGAUGUGAUAAAGAAUUCUGGUCUUCCCUUCUGGGCCAUCAUUCUCAUCUGCUUGGCGGUACUACUGGUACUCAUCACAUGCCUGAUGUGCUGUUUCCUGGUGACUGUCUGCAGAAGAAAAAAGGAGGGAGACUACCAGGUUCAACGUCACCGCCUAGGUUACUACCUGCCUCACCUAGACCUGAGGAAGUUCCCAUGACUCCACCUACCUUUUCCCUAGCAGAAUCCAAAGAAUAAAUAAACCACAUUGGCCAGACUCAGCA